UACCAAGUCAGUCUGGUUUUGUAGCCCUAUGCGCUCGGAUCUCGGACGCAACGCUUGCUCAAACCGCCGAAUUCCUUUUGCGUAUUUUAAAUUUCGAACUGCUUUGAUAAUCACCUUUGAUUUUUAAUUAAUUGUCAUGUGUUUUGUUUUUAAAAUCCCGAUGGCCAGAGACAACUUUCGACGAAGUUUGUCUUAAAAAGUUUUUCUUUUUUUACGUUUUUCUUUUCGACCAGCACUUUGGAAAUGUUUUGUGAUUACUUUGUUAUGUUUGUUCGCUUCUGUGGUUAUUGUUUAGUGUUCAGUUUUUGAUUGCGAUCGUUUAAAUUGAAGUAUUUUUGCGGUGAAUUGUGGAGUGAGUUUGAAAAGUUAACUUUGAAGACAGUGAAAUCUUGUGAUUUUUUUGGCACUAUGAAGCUUUUUUGGAAAGUUCUGUGCUAUAUGCUUCUACUCAUCGAGGCUGUCGUGGGAAGUUGGUGGAACCUAGCAACAGUGAGGAACCCCAAACCAGCCGGCAACUCCUCUGAGCCUGCUGCAGCACUGCACAAAGACAACUGCCAUCGGCUCGAGUACUUGGUGGAGCGGCAGAAACAGCUGUGUCUACUAUCUGAUAAGAUGAUUCAGGUCCUGCAAACGGGUGCUCUUCAAGCUGUGGAGGAAUGCCAGCAUCAGUUCAGACAUAGUCGCUGGAACUGCAGCACGACCGCGGUCGAGAACAGCACAGAUAUCUUCGGGGGUGUGCUCAAAUUCAAGUCCCGGGAAUCAGCUUUCGUCCACGCUCUGUCUGCUGCAGCACUAGCUCACACUGUGGCCAGGGCGUGCAGUCGUGGUGAGCUGAAUGAAUGCUCCUGCGACGUUAGGGUCAGGAAGCGAACACCACGACACUGGCAAUGGGGCGGCUGUUCGGAGGAUAUAAGGUAUGGUGAGAUGUACAGUCGAGACUUCGUGGAUUCGAAGGAAGACAAGAAUACUGAUGUGGGCUUGAUGAACUUGCACAACCACGAAGCCGGACGCAGGGCUGUCCGCAGUCGUAUGCAGCGCGUCUGUAAAUGUCACGGCAUGUCAGGAUCUUGCUCGGUCCGCGUGUGCUGGCGUCGUCUGCCGCAACUCAGAAUUGUUGGAGACGCUUUGACCAUCAGAUAUGAGGGAGCAUCGCACGUUAAGGUUGGUGUGGUAGAAAGGAAACGGGGGAAGAGCAUUAGAAAACUCCGACCACUGCAUCCUGACAUGAAGAAACCGAACAAAACUGACUUGGUAUAUUUAGAAGACUCACCCGAUUAUUGUGAACCCAACGAUGAGUUAGGAAUCCUCGGCACGCGAGGCCGCACCUGCAACAGGACAUCGGCCGGUCUCGACGGCUGCAGACUUCUCUGUUGCGGCCGCGGCUACCAGACCAGAGUCAGGGAUCACGAGGAAAAGUGUAACUGUAAAUUCGUCUGGUGCUGUAAGGUACAUUGCGAGAUCUGCCGGUACAAAAGGGACCACCACGUCUGCAAUUAGAUCUUCAUUUGUUUUGUAAUUUUAGUUCUGUUUAUUCAGAUCAAUGCCAGUCUUAAACGCAAACGCUUAAAUGUCUUCAAAUAGAUCUUUGGUUGUUGCGGUAUUGAUUUCUUUCAGAUGCCGAAUGAGAAUUAGAAAGUGCGAAGAGUGUGAAAGUGUGGUGCUGUAAGGUGCAUUGCGAUAUUUCCUGGUGUGUGAAGAACUUCUUUGGAUUCUCUUUGGAUUUUGUUUAGAUCUUUGGUGUAUGUUGCUGGCGAGACGGAGAUAGGUACUGAGCCUUGGCUCAGUAGCAGUAGACGUAACGUGUCUGCUGUCAGAUGUAUUUUCUUUAUAUUUCAUUUCACUACUUUGUAAUCAAGUGUACCAAAACAUAGUGCAAUUGUAAGUUUGUUAAAGCCAGGAAUAUAAUGAGAUCUGCUGGCAUUAGAAAGACCAAUGUUUCUACAAUCAGAUAUUAAAUUGUUUCGUAGACUUUCAUUUUAUGUCCUGAUUAAUGUCCAUCGUAAAUUUAACUGGUGUAUAAAAGACGACCUUGUCUUCAAUAAGAACUUGAAAUAUGGCUAUUAAUACUAGAAUCACGUGUAACAGACACGGAUCAGGGAUCAUGUCUUGUUUAUCUUUUUUUUAUUUGUUUGAUACUGUUUGUUUGGUGUUGUCGUUUGAUUUGUCAAGUUUGCUGUCGACAUCUACCGGUAUAAAAGAGGUCAUCUUGCUUGCAGUUUAUUUUGAUUGUUUUAUUAAUUACUUAUAUUUUCAGGUCUUGUUAACAAAAGCAGACAUCAUCGUAAAUAUUACUGCUAUUACAAAGAUAGUCUUAUUCCCUGUUAGAUCUUGAUUUAUUUCUGUAUUUAUUUCACUCUAACGUGUUACUGCGAGUUUUUUGCUUAAAUGUGCAUUGAUGUUCAUUCGUUUUUAUAUCAACUUUGUAACUCUUCGAAGUCUCUCAAAGACCAUUGAUUCCAUUCGCCUACACUGAGAUCUUUACUUUGUUUCUUUACACAUUUUAUAACAUUCUGAUAUCUUUUUCCAAUGAUACUUUUGCUGUUGUAAAUAGACUACUAUGUAUUUUACUAGAACUUCAAUUUUGUCUGUGUCGAUGUCAUAUUUAAUAUCAAAUGUAUGGGAUUGGAUUGGGAAGAUAGCUUCUUCUAUAUCUGUAUUCACAUUUGCUUCAGUUUUUAUUUCCUUUUAAUAGUCCAAGUGAUCGUUAAAAUGUUUCAUUGCAAAAUUUACUGGUAUUAAACCGGUUUGAAUUUCAUUUGUGUAUUCAUGAGUUUUGUUUUAACAUCAAUGAGGUUACCGUUAAAUUUUUUUAUGUCAAUGAUGCAGAAGAUAGUAUGAAAACAAUUACAUUAAGGCUUAUGAUAACUCCGUUUUAUUUUGUGGCUUUUAUUGCAUUAAUUCAUGUUUUAAAUGGACUCUUGCCAAUAAAUUUAUUAUAUUAAAUGAGCCAUUACUUGUGUUCUUCUAAAAUUAAUAUGUUAUUGUAAUUGUUUUCCUUAAAUAUAAUGUGUUUAAAUUUUCAAUUUCAUCAUUAUUUUUAUUGUCUAUAAUUUCCCUUUUAACAGACUGAUUUAGUUGUAGUAUUACGAAAAAUUUAUUUUCUGAUAAAGCUUUAAGAAUAUUUACACAGUAUUACUAACUUAUUUUUAUUUUGUUUUCAAUGUACAAAUGUGUAAAUAUUACUUUUGUUAUUAGAUAAGUUAUUAUAGUUUUAAAAUUUAUAUAAUUAGACAUAUUGCAUUACUAAUUAAUAUUGUAAAUAAUUUCUAAGUACUUAAAAUUUAGUCGCAAAAAUCAAAGGCCACGUUUAGCGGGCUCGACUCUGUCUUCCCCGUAAGGGAUUAAAACCUGAUACUGUUAUUGUAUCUGUUAGUGUCAUAAAAAUUUGUUUUCUACCUCAUCUAGAAUUCAUUUGUUAUUACAGUCUAAUGCCGGCUGCAUUGUAACACGGACAGAUGCAUGAAGUGACAUUGCGUAUAGUUUGUAUGAGAACUUUCAUUUACCCUAAUGAAAAAGCAGCAAUGUACGCUGAAUUUGUCAAUUUGCCUGCUGAACUGUUUGAUGGUGUAUAGCCGGCAUGAGAUUCGAAAAGGUAAUAAUGCUUCUAUCUUUUAAAUAGUGUUGUAAAUAAAUUGCGUAGUUUUUAAAUUUAAGUAAUUUAUUCUAUUGGAUAUUGUGAUAGCGUUAUUCCUUUAACUUCUAGGUACUACUCGAUAUGUUCGUAUAGUUUUAACUAUUUUAGUAGUGACAAUUGUAAAUACUCCUUAAUGAUGUAAAAUAAUUUUUGUAUUCGUGUCUCAAUGUUGUUUCUCCGUCGCAUUUUGGAUAAUUAGAUUUGUAAGAUUUUAUAAAAUAAAUAUAAUUAAACAUAAAAUCAAAUACUCCACGAAAUGUCCAACAGUUUAAGCGUGAGUUACACCAGUCGACUUUGACUUAAACUUUAUCUGCGCGUGGCGGACGUUUUGACAAAAUGGCGUACUUUGCAUUUGUCUGCGCAGGUUAACUUAACCUCAAGCUUAACGUGAGAAAACUAUACCAAAUGUCAAAAAUACACAUUUGGGACGUUCCAUUACCAAAUGUACCGUCCGGUGGGAUAUAGAUGUGCACAAGCACAUCGUAAGCGACUGCCCUCCGGAUAAUAACUUUUUUCUGGAAAUGUCACGUUCAUAGACCUAUUAAGAUAAUAAUAUUACUGAUUUAGAUAGAGAAGAAUUAAAUCAUUCUUGAAACAAUGCCUAAAUAAAGAGUCGCAUAUCUUUAAAAUAUUGUAGACAGAGAAAGCUAUAGACAUUGUUAUAUCUUCUAUUUCAUUCCAGCAAGAAAGAGAAGCGAAUAUUACUACACGCAGAGGAACGAACGAAGCAGGCUUUUACAAGGAAAGCCAAUCCGAUACGCCGAGUGAGCGUACUAAACAGUUCUAUCUCAUGUGUUCUAGCUAGCUUAUUGCCUUUAAGUUUCUUUAUCUUUGGCUGAUAAUACUAUAUCUGAAAGACCUACAGAACCAGUUUUAGAUGUAUGUGAACCAAUACACGCUAUAGUACUUAAUCGUUGUAAACUGUAGGAUAACAUUGUAACGGAGUCAAUGCAAAGACUUAGUAUUUACCAUUUGAAUACGAAAUUACUACUUGAUGUAAAUGGGGUAAAAUAAAUGUAUUGAAACUUA